GCCGAGCCUCUCUCCCUCCGUGCCCGCCGCCAUGGCCAUGAGGGAGCUGGUGGAGCCGGAGUGCGGGGGCUCCAACCCCCUGAUGAAGCUGGCGGGGCACUUCACCCAGGACAAGGCCCUGAGGCAGGAAGGACUGCAGGGCCCGCUGGCCUGGCCCCCCGGGACGCCCGAAGCCGCGGCCGUAUCCAAACCACUGGGAGUAGCCACUGAGGAUGAGCUGGUUGGAGAGUUUCUGCAAGCUCAGAAUGCCCCUUUGCUGUCCCGUGCACCCCAGACCUUUAAGAUGGAUGACCUCUUGGCUGAGAUGCAAGAGAUUGAACAGUCAAGCUUCCGACAGGCCCCUCAGCGAGCUCCAGGUGUGGCAGCCUUGGCACUGUCUGAAAACUGGACCCAGGAAUUCUUGGCUGCAGCAGAUAAUGCUGGUGAUGUCUCUUCAGAUUACAAUGAGGCUGACUGGUCACAGGAGUUCAUUGCUGAAGUGACAGAUCCACUGUCUGUGUCUCCUGCCAAGUGGGCAGAAGAAUACCUAGAGCAGUCAGAGGAGAAACUGUGGCUUGGGGAGUCAGAAGAUCAGUCUUUGGCAGAUAAAUGGUAUGAGGAAUACCAACCUGAGGAUGAUCUUAAGAAAACUGUUACUGAUUUCCUCUCUAAAGUGGAUGAUCCAAAACUCAAGAAUACUGAGGGGGCAUCCGAUGCCUGGGUGGAUCAAUUUGCGCGAUCUGGGAACGUGUCAACUCUUGAUACGGAAUUUGAGCAGGCAAAGGCUGCUGUGGAGUCAGAUGUGGAGUUCUGGGACAAACUCCAGGCAGAAUGUGAGGAGAUGGCCAAGAGAGAUGCAGAGGCUCACCCUUGGCUCUCUGAAUAUGAAGACCUCAACUCCUCAUCAUACGACAAGGGUUACCAGUUUGAGGAAGACAAUCCCAUGAGGGAUCACCCGGAUGCAUUUGAAGAGGGGCGGAAGCGCUUGGAGCAAGGUGACCUCCCCAAUGCUGUCCUGCUCUUUGAGGCUGCAGUGCAACAGAAGCCAGAUCAUAUGGAGGCCUGGCAAUAUCUGGGAACCACCCAAGCAGAGAAUGAACAGGAGCUUUUGGCAAUCAGUGCCCUCAGACAGUGCCUGGAGCUGCAGCCUGGGAACCUGACAGCACUUAUGGCUUUAGCAGUGAGCUUCACCAAUGAGUCCCUGCAGAAGCAGGCGUGUGAGACCCUGCGGGACUGGCUGCGCCAUAAACCGGACUAUGCCCACCUGCUGAACAAGGAACCCGAGGAGAAUGUCUCGGGGACAAACCUGGGGCCUUCCAAGCGUGUCCUGAGUUCCCUGCUCUCUGACUCACUGUUCAUGGAGGUGAAGGAGCUGUUCUUAGCAGCUGUGCGCAGCAACCCCUCCACUGUGGAUCCUGAUGUCCAGUGUGGCCUGGGUGUCCUUUUCAACCUCAGUGGCGAGUAUGAGAAGGCUGUGGAUUGCUUCAGUGCUGCACUCAGUGUGCGCCCCAAUGACCACCUUUUGUGGAACAAGCUGGGUGCCACCCUGGCCAAUGGGAAUCGGAGUGAAGAAGCAGUGGCCGCGUAUCGUCGGGCCCUGGAGCUCCAGCCGGGGUAUAUCCGCUCUCGCUACAACCUGGGCAUCAGCUGCAUCAACUUGGGGGCCCACCGUGAGGCUGUGGAGCACUUCCUGGAGGCUUUGCACAUGCAGCAGAAGAGCCGAGGUCCACGGGGGCAGCAAGGAGCCAUGUCUGACAACAUCUGGAGCACCCUGCGCAUGGCCCUCUCCAUGCUGGGGCAGAGUGACCUCUAUGGGGCAGCUGAUGCCCGUGACCUGCCCACACUGCUGAAAGCAUUUGGCCUCCAGCAGUGACUCUGGGAUAGGCUCCCCUGCGAGUGCAGCGGUUGCCAAGCCCAGCAAUGACCUUUCUUAGGGAGAAAAUGUUCCCAAGGGUUCACACACAUCUUUGCCCUGGUAGGGCAGAUCAUUGGCCACUGUUUAUUUUUAAGUACCCCCCUGGUGAAGUGUGCAACUUCCCCAGCCUGUCUGUUGUGGCCUGAGCAUUUCUGAAUGGUUCACAUUAUCACCUCCAUGACGACUGACACUGCUGCUUCACAGAUGAUCAAAGUGGGGAAGACAGCAGCAUCCUGCCCUCUUGCCAGACUGCAUUUGCAGUAUUGCCCGGCUUGGCUGUGAGACCUUGGCUGUGAGAGCCAUUCUGCAGACUGCCUGCAAGGGCGUGUCUCGAGUUCAGCCUGCUUUGGAGGGAUGGGACUGCUGUUUCACCCAAAAGGGUGAAAAGUUGUGGGGUUUGAGCAUGCUUCCCCAUGUAUGUGCUUGCAUGUGUGUAUAUGUGGGUUGCUAGGGAAAACUGGGGCAGUAGUCCCCUUUUCUGGCCACUGGUAACCUCAUGGUACAGCCAGAUGUUCCUUUCUCAGUGUCUCUUCAUGAACCUUUUAAGACAAGCAUAUUGUACUGAUGCUGGGGACAUGGGUGGAGGCCCUUACCCUGUCAGGGUAAGGGGAGAUCCCAGAGGUCAGGCUUGAGAGAAGGUGAUAGGAAUAAAAGUCUGAAAUGUAACCUCUUCCAAAAAAUGGUGGGGAAAGGGGUGAAGUCUUAAUUUUCACUUGCUCAUCUGUCAAUGUUUUCCUUUGUGCGAAUGUCCCCAUCUUGUGUGUAACUGAAUCUUGUUAAUUAUAAAUAUCUGUAUAUGAUUCUAUUGGGGAAAAUGUUUUUUAAUUGUAAAGUAUUUUGUAUAAUAAAGGUAUAAGCCCACUACUUUUCAAAAGAUA